UGGCAUCACGUGAGUGUUUCGUUGGCAUCGAUAGUUAGGAAUCGGAAUAUAUAUCUAGGCUUAUGUACAGUAAGAUCACCGGAUGCAGGUCAUGCCGAACAUGCUGAGUAACUCUCGAUAUUAUAUAUUAGGACUUUUGUUUGGCAUAAGAUUAGCAAGAAAAAUGGUAUAAUAAUCCUGUUGGCAUGCGGCUCAAGCUGUGUGAGGGUGUUGGUGUUUGUUGCCUGCAUGUGGUUCGUUGGUGGUGGUGAUUUUGAGCCUGUAAAUAUGACCCAUUUCUAGCACACUGAGCGAAAACUGAAGUCCUACCACCUCAUUUAUUCUAGGAGACAAGCAGAUAACACUAAGAGCACCUACAUAUGUGCUUUUAAAGCUAGAUUGACACUACAAAUUUAAUCGAUUCAAAACAAUCAGAAAAUCUGAAACAUAUAUUUUUUUUUAAUCGCAGAAAAUAUAACUAAGCUUUUAUAAUAUUUUAAUAUCAAGCGGGUUCUGUAUAGCUAAAAUAUGGUUUUUCCAUCAUUAUUAUUAUAUCAUCAAUAAAUAUAUUUGUAAGGACCCUUUAGCAAAUUCAAACCCAGCAAGUCAACGCUUAAAUUUCAUAUUUCUCUCGAUUUAUUUCGACUGAAAACCAUAUUAAACUAAUGAAAGAGAUACUGCCGAGAAGCUAUUAUCCAGCUCAAUGGUUGCUGCCGCAGAACCCGUCUUCAACUGGUCUAAAUGUGCUCUAAAUGCGCCUAAGCAAUCUCCAUUGGAUCGUUCAACUGUCUAUAAUUAUCUGCGCAAUCGGCAUAGGAGGACAGCCAAGCAAUAUGAAACAUCGCGAAAAGAUUGUUUCUUCAGUGGGCGGUAAUUACGAGGCGAAUGCAAAUGCGGAUCGGAGAAGGGAGCGAUCUAAUUCUGGAGGACUGCUGGAAGCUGAUCCUAUAGUUCCCACAGCUGUCGGCACGGGCACUCAGGCUGCGGAUCCAAAUGUAAUGAACACCUGCCAAAUGGUCCCCAGUCCCGCUGGUCAGAGCCUCUCCCCCGCCGCCCCAGGAUCCGCCAUUUGUGACUUCUACCAACCCAACUGGCAAACGCAGCAGAUGGAGUUGCAGCCGCAGCAGCAGCAGCAGCAGCAGCAGGGAUGUCCUUUGAGCAGGAUGCCCCAGGCAUCGCCCAAUGCCUAUGCAGAACAGGACGAGACCGAGCAGCGGCGCCAGGAGCUGCGCAAUCUCGUCCAGCACUUGUACGUGGCCCAGGCGAGGGUGCAGCUGGAGGCCACCGAGAUCCGGAAGGCGCAGUCGGUGGCUUCGUCGGCACAGGCGCAGCUGGAGGAGUCGGCCAACCAUGUGCGCAGCAUCACCGCCUCCCUGCACACCGCUCAGCAGGAAGUGGCCGCCUCGGCGAUCCGGGCGCAGAUCGCCCAGCUGCAGUUGGCCGCCCACGAUCAGCUGCUGUUCGCCGCUCGCCAGGAUGUGGACGCGCUGUCCUCGCAAAUGGUGGGUCUCCAGGCGGCCGAGGGCAUUGUCCAGCCGAAGCUCACGGUGGAUCUGCACGCUCUGCUGGAGAAGUUGAAGCAACCACUGCAGCAAUAUGAUCGCCCCACGGCAGUUCCUGCCAUUGCUCCCAGUCUUCCUGGCACCACAGCCCAUCAGCAUCAGUUGCUGAUGCAGCAGCAGCAGAUGGGGCAGGCACAGGGUCAGGGGCAGGGUCAAGGUCAGGGACAGGGCCAAGGUCAGGGGCAGGGUCAAGGUCAGGGGCCUGCCUUCCCCACCGGUGGAGGAGCCGGUCCCAGUGAUUUCAUCAGCCUGCCGAGGGCGAAUGCGAAUCCCUAUGCCAACAUGGAGUUCACCUAGCUGCUGUUUAAUAUUCACAUCUGUGCUUAAGUAUUUAUUUAUUUCUAUAUAUUGUACAAGUUUUCUUUGCACAUUAUCUCUUUCCAUAAAAUCAUAUA